AUGAAUGCUGCCAGGGACAAAGAAAAUAGAGAUUCUAAAACUAAGCUCUCUACAUGUAAGUCUUACUCCAUCCUUAGACCCUCCCUGACCAAUGUGAAUUGCGAUGGAUAUGCUGGGCGUCUAAAAAAUGAGAGAUUGGUUAGCCUGAGUACUGGAUUGGUAAAAUUUUCUUUAUCACCAGGUAAAAAAGGGAGCACUGAGAAGCUCGGUUCUAUGCCAUCACUAUGCACAAGGAAAGUCAAGCUUCCAGUUUAUGUUCCCAUAGAUCAGGCGUCUCGUUCCAUUGAACAUAGCGACAUCUAUAUAUUGGAAACGGAGGAGAGUCUUUUAAAUCAGCUUUUGACCAAGCAGAAAGAGCUAGUAGAAUUCGAAAGAAGUGUUGAACAAACUAAAGUACAGUUAAUAGAGAUUUCAAGAAAACUAGAAAGGCUAAAGGGGCAAGACAACCUAAAAAAUGAGCCAAAAGAAACCCAGAAAGUCAGUUUUCUGUCGUUACGGAAAUGUGCAUCAAGUAUAUUCGAAACAACUAGACCGCGUACAAAGUAUACUGAUGUUUCGCACACAGAGUCUAAUCCCUCACUUAGUGGUUCUUCAACUUACUUACAUAAAUUGCAACAUCAAUUUUCAAAUAAUGUGAAUGAAUUGAAGCUAAAAGAAGACUUCUCUUACUUUUUAAACCGACAAUCAGUUGAACUUGAUGAGCUAACCAACAAAACUUCUAACUUUGUUAAGGGAUUAUUUGAGAAUUUUUCUCCUCUGAAAAACUCCGACGACAUUCGCCAUGAAGAAAUAGCAGAGAGUUCUUUCAACUUUGACAACCUACAAAUUUCAACCAGUACGAAUACUAAAAAUGACUCUAACAUUAUCUAUAAUAUGGAAUCUGCAUCAGAGGAAAGAUUAAGAAUCUCAUCCUCUGACGCAGAUCAUUCUAUACUUGACAUAGAUGAUUAUACGUCAGAUGAAAACUAA